AUGUUGGUGCACACGUACUCCGCGAUGGACCGCUCGGAUGGGCUGAACGGGAGCUCCGCCGGCGGCCGCCUGCCCCAGCUGUCGUCCCUCAACCAGGCGGCGGCCUACUCCUCGGCUCCCCCGCUCUGCCACACGCCGGCCUCGGACUUCCAGCCGCCCUACUUCCCGCCGCCUUACCCGCAGCCGCCGCUGCCCUACGCGCAGAGCCAGGAGAGCGCCUACCCGCACCUGGGGGACCCCUACGGAGGCCUCAACCCCCUCCACCAGCAGCAGCAGAGCGCCUGGCCCUCGCAGCGGGCGCGCCACGAAGAAGCGGCGGCGGCGGCCGCAGCAGCCGCGGGCCUCCUCUCGCAGACGCACCGCGCCCUCGGCCUGGAUCCGCGCAGGGACUACCCGGGCAUGCCGCGCUUGCUCCACAGCUUGGCCGACGGAGCGCACGCCUUGGCCGACGGGCCGCUGGGACUCCACGCUCUGGCUCACCCCAGCCUCGAGGACAUCCAGGCGGUGGAUGAGGCCAGUAUGAACCUUUUGGACCAGUCGGUGAUCAAGAAAGGGCCAGUGCCUCUCCCUUCGAAGGCCAACGGGACCAUCUCUUCUCUGACCAUGAACAAGGACCCCCUGAUAGGAGGGGUAACCAAUCCAAACGAAGUCUUCUGCUCUGUUCCUGGACGAUUAUCUCUCCUUAGUUCCACCUCCAAGUACAAAGUGACAGUCGGUGAAGUUCAGAGGAGGCUCUCGCCCCCCGAAUGCCUCAACGCUUCCCUCCUCGGUGGUGUACUUCGGCGGGCAAAAUCUAAAAAUGGUGGAAGAUGUUUAAGGGAAAGAUUGGAAAAGAUCGGGUUAAAUUUACCCGCUGGAAGGCGCAAAGCAGCAAAUGUCACCUUGUUAACGUCACUGGUGGAAGGGGAGGCUGUUCAUCUCGCUCGGGACUUUGGCUAUGUGUGCGAAACAGAGUUCCCAGCCAAGGCAGCAGCUGAAUACCUCUGCCGCCAGCACUCGGAUCCCAGCGAGCUCCACGCCCGGAAAAACAUGCUUUUAGCAACCAAGCAAAUCUGCAAAGAGUUUGCUGACCUGAUGGCUCAGGAUCGCUCCCCUCUGGGAAACAGCCGCCCGACACUCAUCUUGGAACCUGGCGUUCAAAGCUGCUUGACGCACUUCAGUUUAAUAACCCAUGGUUUCGGAGGGCCGGCGAUCUGCGCGGCUCUCACAGCGUUCCAGAACUACUUGGUGGAGUCCCUGAAAGGACUUGACAAAAUGUUCAUGAACAGCACGGGCAACGGUCACUCGGUGGGCGACGCCAAAACCUCAGAAAAGGAUGUGAAGCAUCGGAAAUGA